UGAAAAACCGGAAACAUCACGAGGCUACGACUGAGGAAGGCGAACCACAAGAAAAGUUUUUAUAAAGAACCAUUACAUUUAAUUGUUUAAAGCAGAAAAAAAAAUGAGCCUCCUCAAAGAACGCAAACCCAAGAAGCCUCAUUACAUCCCAAGACCACCGGGAAAGCCAUUCAAGUACAAGUGUUUCCAGUGCCCCUUCACUUGCAAUGAGAAAUCCCAUCUCUUCAACCACAUGAAGUACGGCCUCUGCAAAAACUCCAUCACUUUGGUGUCGGAGCAGGAUCGAGUCAUCAAGUGUCCAAAGAGCAGUUCCCUGGAGCCCAAACAGAUCAAUCAGCUCGAACCUCCCGUCAAACCAACCUCCUCCAAAUCUGUCACAAACGGACUGUCGAGCCUCGAUUCAAAGCCUCAGUAUCCUUUUGCAAAAGAAGAUGCCAAGGAGAACGUUGAGUUACAAAACCAGGCAACAAACGCAGCGAUUCAAGGACAGAAACCUGCGAUGCCGAAGGAAAUGAGCCCUGCCAGCUCCGCAGCAGACAGUGCCCUCGGCGUGCAGCCCCUGAUGGAGGGCAUGGUGAGGCCCUCGGCCUUCGUCCCCGUCGGAGAACACCGGGACAGCAAAGGCCCGGAGAUCAGCGAAGCGUCUGAAAUCCUGUCCCUCUCUAACAAAAGCUCCCCCUUCCACACCAAGUCUGCGUUUCAUGCACCAGCUCACCCGUGGAAGGCGGGUUCCCCUUUCCUCCCAGAGUUUCCACACAAAGUCGCUCCCACAAAAGGCUUUGGUUCCAUUUCACCUUACAUGCAGCCGAUGAUUCCCGAGUACUCCCCCCACUUCUAUGAGCACAGGUUGGCCAUCUACACACCCUACCUGCUCCCAGGUAACUCGGAGUGUGAAAGCUCUGCCCUCUCUGUCUAUGGAGCACAAGAUCAAAGACACUUUCUUCCCCACCCUGGGCCACUUCCAAAACCCAUAAAUCCAUCAGCAUACGAACACUAUCGAUUGUUCCAACAAUAUCACUCCACUCCACCGAUACCAUAUGGAUUUUGUAGGCCAACAGAUCCCCCAUUUUACAGAUUUUCACACGUAGCUGGUAUAAACAGGGAUCAAAACUCUCAUCUGAUGGAAGAAACUACCUUGCUGUACCCAGCUUCUUUAAGCCCUUCCCAACAGUACCCUCUAAGCUCACAUAAAAAACAAGCAGAUUAUGAAAAAGAAAUGACAUUGUUGCACAGCAAAGGUAACCCCAAGGAUGACCAAAAUGAAAGAGAGAAUGCCAAAAUGAGCCCUCUCGCGGGCAGCGCAGCAACGGGCUCCCCUGGCAGACCCAGCCCCACCAACUUCACCCAGACAAGCCACACGUGUGAGGGCUUAUUUGACCUCUCCAACAAGUCAUCUUCCACAUCCCUGGGCAAGUAUGACCAACCAGAAGAAAACUUUACAGCCUUCAGACCCGUGAGAAAAAGCACUGACCAAGCGACUGCACUUCCAGGUGUGCAGACACAGCAGGAGAGAGGGGACUCACCCACCAGCAUUAACGUCACUGAUGAAGACUCACACACACAGCCUGAUGGUCAGAACAACGCAGGCUCACUGUCCAACGCGGAGGAAGACACGGGGAUAGCUCCUCUCAAUCUCUCCAAAAAGGCCGACACAAGCACAGGACCUAUCCACGAGCACGUGUACAAAACCCCACCCAAACCAGACAGGCAGAGCUUUCUGGACCUGCAGGACGUGCCCCUGAACCUCUCGGUGAAGGAUUCCUGCAACACAGCGAGCCUGAAAACGUCCUUCCACAGCCCGUCUCAGGACAACGGCACCGCCGCCCCCAGCACCGAGAGCGAGAGCUGCGGGGUGGAGGGAGGCAACCCCAAGAACCCCAGCAGCAGUGCCUGUGACAAAUCCUUCCCGGGCCAGCGCGGCGAGGCCCAGGAUCUGCGGCUCAUGGAGAGCUGUGACGAGCAGAAGCAGACGGCGGCCGUGGCCCUGUGCCAGCUGGCCUCCUACAGCCCCGGCACGGCCCGGCUGGACAGCGACGGGCAGAGCCCCCAGGACAGCAAAGCUCCGGCCACGGAAGCCUCCUGUAAUCCCUCUGAUGCUCAGGAGACUCAGUGCAAUCAGAAAGUGAAAGGGCAAAAAAGGACAAAUCAAAAGGAAUCCGCAAAGGCCCAGCAAGGCGCUAAGAGAGUCAGGCCCAAUGACUGCAGCAGAGUCUUCACCUUGAGGAAGAGGACAAGAGUGUCCUAA